GCCGUUUCCCAGCGCCCUGCGCGGCCCGGCCCUCGGCUGGAAGCGCGGAGCCGCCCCGGGCCCGGGCGCUGCCCGCGAUGCCGCUGCUGGUCAACGGGGAGCGGAUCGACCCGGGCCGGCCCCCGGCGGCCAUGAUCCGCGCCUACCCGCACCUCGAGAGGUGAUGUUUCUGUCAAGUAAUGGAUACACCUGAGAAUUCAGCCACUGUAGUCUCUAUUAUCAUUUAUCUUUAGGAAAAGGCAAAACUUCUGAGAAGUCGGCCUACUCAAAUUGUGGAACCUAAAGGUCUUCUUUACGUCCAGCAGAGAGAAUUUGCAGUGACUACCCCUAAGGAUGGUUCUGUUUCUAUUCUUGGAUCAGAUGAUGCAACUACCUGCCACUUAGUUGUGCUCCGACACACAGGUAGCGGAGCCACCUGCUUGACACACUGCGAUGGAUCGGACACAGAAGCUGAGGUGUCGCUCAUCAUGAGUUCAGUAAAAUCUUUCUCUAACUCUGCAGACUAUGGAAGGCUGGAAUUGCACCUAGUUGGAGGUUUCAAUGAUGAUAGGCAGUUAUCACAAAAACUUACUAAUCAGCUUCUUAGAGCAUUUGAUCUCCAACCAGAUGACGUUCAUUUGGUGACUUUCUGCGUAACAGAACUAAAUGACAGAGAAGAGAAAGAUAUUCACUUCCCAAUCAUUUAUGGAAUAGCUGUGAACGUUAAAACAGCAGAGAUUUUCCCUGCAACCUUCCCAGAAAAAGGGCCCGAUGAGGAUUUGCGUUCAGCCCAUAUUUUAACAGGAGCAAGACUGACCAACAUUUAUGAUGCCAAGAAGGAACAGCUCCACAUUGGGCCUUAUUUCUGGAGGCCUUUCCCACACGUAGAUUUCUGGUUGGAACAAGAUGAUCAACAGAUCUUAGAGAAUCUUUCCACGUCACCCUUGGCUGAGCCACCCCACUUUGUUUCCCACAUUAGAUCUACAUUAACAUUUUUAAAAGAACAUCCCUUUCCAUCGCGCUCCCUGUUUCCUGAUAGGAAACCUCGCAUCUACAGAAAAAAUCAAGACGGGUUAUGGGAACAGGUUUGUUCUGACAAGAUCUAACCGAGGGAUGCAUAGCCUUGCCCAAGGAAGAGUAAGUUGGUGCAAAAAUGCCUAUUGCUGGUUAUAGGCACUGCUGUUCUUGUGCUUUCCAAAAUAAAUAUUUUGACAGAAGUAA